AUGAGGUCCCAGGGCGCGGCAGCGGCGCUUCCGGGGGACGCGGUGCGGGAGGCCGAAGUCCCGGGAGCUCUCCGCUCGCCGCGCCCACCGCGGAGCCUUUCGCGGCGCGGCCGAGGGGCGUCUCUCCGCACCCCCGCGGCGCCCCAGGCCGCGGCCCGGCCCGCGCCCCCAACAUGUCCGGCCUCCAGGGAGGCAUCGCCUCGGGGUUUGGCCCAGAUGGGGUGCGACAGGCGCUGGGGCCCAGGGACUCCUCCCCAGCCUCUCCGGUGGGUGGCUCCCACAGUGCGGGAGCAGCCCUGGCUGGUCCUGAAGGGGUCGGAGCGGGCUAGGCCUGAUCACCCCACGCAUCCUCGCCAGACUCAGCCUCCAGGAGCCCACCCUCCCUAA